CACUGAUAGGCGGCACUGAUGCACACUGAUAGGCGGCAUUGAUAGGUGGCACUGACUGGCACUGAUGGAUGACACUGAAAGGCAGCUCAGAUGGGCACUGAUAUGUGGCAUUGAUGUGCACUGGUAUGCACUGGCACGUGACACUGAUCGGCACUGACAGCUGGCACUGAUGGACUUUGACAGGUGGCACUGCUGGGGCUACACUGAUCAUCAGUGCCCUGAUGCGGCUCUCCUCUCCUCUGUCAGCGUGACGGCUCGAGAGGAGAGAAAUGCCGAUAACCGGCAUUUCCGUGUUUACAUGUGAUCAGCUGUGAUUGGAG